GAGAGUUUUGAAUCGUACGGAAAUCCCAUUUUUAUUUCAAGAAAACCAAAUCCCCAAUACGAGAUGAUUUUCCUCCAAUUCUGGUGGGCGCUGAUGGUGUUCAGUGGGCAUGGUUCCUCCCAACAAAUGUCGAGCGGAGACGAAAGGCGGGAGCAGGGGAACCCUUCGGUGGGCAGCGACAAGUUGCUCAGCUUCAGCCGGGCGGUGGAGCUGGCUCGACCCGAGUUGCAGGAACUGAAGUCCUCCUAUGGCGGACUGCAGGAGCUGGCCAAUCCGCAGCAGCAGCAGUGUCGGGAUCGGCGCGACUCCAUCGACGACAUGCUGGCCAACUUUGCCCAGGCCACGGUCGGUGACGCCAAAGCAAAGGCCGAUGAGGAGGAGGAGGAGGAGCGUGUGCUGCAGGAGGCGGCGGACGCCUGGUUCCGCAACAUCCAGGCGGACAUGGCCAAGAGCCAAGAGAAUGCCAACCAAAAGGGUAGGUGCGGCAAACAGGAGCGAUCGCUGGCCAAGAAGAUCAACGACCAGCAUGCCCAGGCCAUGGAGCGCACCGAGAUGGGCAAGGUAAAGCUCAAGUACAAGGAAGUAAGCGAUGAUAACAUAGUUCGCAAGUACCAGGUUACUAAGAGCCAUUUAAAUCCGCAGGACAGUGGUCUCAGCAAUCUGGACGUAAGGUUGAAGCAGGUGCAGCAGCUGCUAAAUGACCAGGAGAGUCUGGAGGCCAGGAAGGCGGAGAAGUCCAAGGAGGUUCACCUGAAUGAGGCGGAUAGUAGUUGGGCUGAGAAGUUGCCAGAGUUUGGCAAUGCCCCCAUUCCGGAUGGCGUCUACGAAAGUACCCUCAACCGGCUGGCCUUUCCCCAUGCCACGUCCAACAAGCUGGCCCACGAGGCCAACUACAAGCUCUCCAAGAUCGAACAGGAUGCCUCGGAGAAGUCCUCGAAGAUCUCCAGACCUGGCCUCAUUGCUAUAACUCCUCUCAAGCAACAGAAGCGCAGCUCUUGCACUGGCUUCAAUCCCAUGAACGAGAUCAAGCUCAAAACCAGCAGUCGUUUGAUGCUCAAGGGACUCGGUCCCUCACUGCCCAGUAACGCCCUGUUGGACAUGCAUCGUCACCAAAAGGUGGACGACAUGAUGCGGAGGAGGGAGCUGGAGGAACAACAGCAGCAGCAGCAGCAACAGCAGCAUCAACAGCUGCAGCAACAGCUGCAGCAACAGUUCGAUACCAAUCAGGAUAUCGAAGUUGAAGAUCAGCGAUUGGGCGGCAAUAGCUUAAUGACGCCGAACGAAAACUUGGAGUACUUGCAGCCCGUCAAUACCGGCAUGGAUAUGAAUCAAAAUCAAAUGAUGGAGUUGCCCCAAAGUUACGACUACCGAGUGCCCCAGUACGAUCGCUUUCACCCCCUCAAUCAGCGACAAAUGACCAGUGUGCGGGAUUACGAGAGGAGCAAUCGCAUGCCCAUCGACUUGGACCGGUUCAAAAGAGAACCACAUUUGGUUGCACCUCGUAUGAAAGUCAACGAUCUAUCGGACUUGGGAGCUGCAUUACCUCUAGGAGAGCAAUCGUUACCAUCAACCAAUGAAGUUGAAGAGGGGCAAAGCAUUUCCGAUCGUGAAAUGGCUCUUAAAACUGGCUUAUUGGACAUUAAGGAAGGAAAAGGGCAUUCAAGCAAGGACAUUAAGUUGGGUGACUUGAGUGACCAAGUCAAGUUAGAUGAGGAAGCUUUGGGUAAGUCAGAAAUUAAAAUUGAAGCUGAUGCAUCAAUCGUUGAAGGCAAGUUAGUGGAUACUCUAGAGACUAAAAAAAAACGUGAAGCGAAGAAGGCUAUAGGGGAUAUGCAGCCCAUUAAAGUAGAGGCUACUGCUAAAGCUGACACUUUAACUGCAGCAGAGGUCAAAUCAGAAUUGCCUUUAAAAGGUGAGAUGCCCCUUACUUUAAACACCAUUAGUGAACUGCACUCCAAUGGCGAUGCUGAACUGGCCAUAAGUUCCGAAAGCAAAGACAAUCUGGAGAAACGUGAAAGUCCUGAAGCCAACGAAGCCGCCGACAACCAUGACGGCAACUCCGACGGCGAAACGGAUUGCAAAUCCGAGGAGGGCGCAAAGCCGGAAACGGAUGACAGCAUUGUGAAAGUCAACAUCAAGCUAAAGCUUCAGGAGCCAGCAGAGGAGAAAUCAGAGUGCGAGGCAGCCAAUAAAGUUGAGUCCAAGGAGGCGGCGGCAUCGGCUCCAAAAGUAAAUCCCGAUGCGGUGGUCAAGCUGUUGGCCAACGAAUUGUCGCUGGACAAGAAUCGUGGCAAGCGGCAAACGAGGCUUCGUCGACUCCGCAGACAGAACAGAAGAUCCAAGCGAUCGUUGGAGGACAAGGAGCAACAGCAGCAACCAGAACUCCGGCAACAACAUGUAAUGGCCAAGCGUUUCGUUCAUCUACUGGAUGAUUUUGAAGACCACAAUGGGAAUCGUGUUCAUUUUGGCACCUUGGGCAAUGGCUUGCUCACACCAGAUGCCGAGGAUGCGGGUGGAAAGUCCUAUCCAAGUCACGAAUUGCUGGCACAUUAUGAUGAACUGGAAGCCGCCCAUGAUGACGAUUCCCUGACGAAUAUCUACGAUCCCACUAGGGAUCUGGUGCCCAUGAUGAAUCAGCGACCCAAUGCGGUAUAUCAAAUGCAGCAACAGCAGCCUCAGCAAGUGCAACAGCAGCAACUGCAGCAACAACAGCAACCGCUGCAACAACAGCAGCAGCAGCAACAACAGCACCCAGUUCAGCAGCAACAUCCAGAUCUAAACCGACAACGUCAUCAAUCCAAUUUUCAGGCCAGUUUUAAUUUAACCCACUUUUUCAAUGAGUUGCAAAAAAUGCAGAAUAUGAAGUCACCACAACAGCAGCAGCAGCCUGUCCCACAAACUCCAGUAGUUCAGCAACCAUCGCCCGUACAGCAGCAAUAUCGACCGCAACAGCAGCAAUAUCGACCGCAACAGCAGCAAUAUCUGCCGCAACAGCAACCAUUGCAACAGCAACAACUGCCCAUCAAGCCAGUGUCGCCACCAGUAAAAUCCUUUGGAAUUCAUCGAUAUUUUGGACCCUUUUUCAACAAGCAAGUGAAGAGCGAUCCCUUCUUGGCGGCGAUGGCAACCGCCACCACCAUAGAUCCCAGAUGUGUGCCCAUCACCACUACUUCACCUCUCCCUGUUGCGAAUGUAUCUACGGAUCCGAGUUUGCCCCCAAAUUGCACAACUUUAGAGGCAACCACUUCCACUUUCAUCAACAACACUUCCAUCACCACCUCAGCCCCCAGCACCACUUCAGCCCCCAGCACCACCUCAGCCCCCAGCACCACCUCAGCCCCCAGCACCACUUCAUCGGAUGGUGUUUGCAUUCAGCCGGGUGCCAUGAAGCUCAACGUCUCCAUCAAUGCCAAUUUAUGUGGCGAUCCGAAAACGAAACAGUUUUACGGCAAUGGAUCCAUAAGCUUGCUACCAAAUUAUAAGAGGCUGCAUCCAGGAUCAAAUCACGAUAUCGAUGAUGGUCAACUCUAUGGAAAUUCUGCGCAAUGGGAUAAUAACCUAGAUGAUUUGGAAGACACGGAGGAGAGAUAUAUCCGCCAGGUGGUUGAGGAGUCCACAGAUAAUAAGGGCGGGGAGUGGCAACCAAAAAAUGGAAAGGGGAACUUGAGGAAGCAAGAAGGUCAUCUGAAAAGGCCUAUCAUAAAAUGGAGCGGAAAGAGCCAGUCCAAACAUACUCCUCAAGAAGCGCACAAAGGGACUGCGAAAGUAGCGCCAAAAAUAGAUCCAAAAGAAACACCAAGAGUAGCAUCCAAAGAACGACUUGAAGCAACUGGCCAGUGCAAUCGACCCCGAACAGAAAACGAUGAGAGCCUGUCGAAUAGCUACGAGAAGCUGAUCACGGGCAAGAUUUCCGAGGACAUUGUGUCGGCCGUCUUCGAGGCGGUUGGCAAUGAUCCGGGCAUGGAUCGGCUGUUGGCCGUUCUUGAGAGGAAUCGCAAGUGCUCGCAGAAGCAGCCCAAGAACUUCUACCAGAUCCGGAACGACAAGAGCGAGAACUAUCUCCGCCAGACGGAGGACAUGGUGCGGGACACCAUGGAGGCCAUCAGUAAUAUUAUUGACCAGCAGGUGCGCCGACGUGCCUGCAUUCCCCUGCGCCCGGAUCUCCAGGAGUUCUACGACCUGAUCCUCAAGACGUCGACUGAAGAGCAGAAGAUUCGUGAGAAGAGACAGAGCGCGCUGCGUGUCCUGUCCGAGGACUUUAGCCAGGAUGUCCGUCUGCUCGACUCUAGUAAAAUCAACCAAAAGUCGCGGAUCGUCAAGAAGCUGCUGCGCCAGUACGAGGAUAUGUCGAUGGAGGAUCAGCAGUCUGCAGCCGGAGUGCGCGACGAGCUGCUCCUGGAUCUCGUUUACCUCAGGAAGUUGUCCGAUUCCGCGGAGCGCCAUCAGCGGAAUGCCCGCCUGCAGGAGGUCCUGAAGCAGGCCAGUCUGGAUGAGGUCCUGGAGAAGCGCAUGUCCGCCGAGUACUCGCCGCGCUUCAUCAAACUUUUGAAGACAGCGGAACUCUUCAAGGAGGCGGGCGAACAGCAGGCCAAGGCCUUUGUAGGUCUUUAAUUCGCAGAUUCCUUUUGGUUUCCUUUCCUUUGAUUAUUGUUUAGUAAGUUUUCUUCUGUAUUUAUGUUUAUUUUAAAUAAAAAUUCACUUUGCUUAAUUUAAAUCAAAUUUGUUGUAUUUUUGUGUCUUGCAAAAUAACAUAGAUUGGCUCAAGACGUUUUUAA